AUGAAUGCAAAGAAUGUGGCUAUACCUGUGCACUCGUCUACGUCGUCACCAGUUGCAAAACCAGCAAAACCGAGUCUCGAACAAAGGUUGAAGGGGUUUGCACUGGGAGCCCUAGCUGCAUGUGCUGCUGUCACGUUUACAAAUCCAUUCGAAGUGAUCAAGACCAGAUUACAGUUACAAGGAGAACUGGAAUCCCUCGCACUACGAGAAAAGACAACCACAGCUGAUAUAUUACACCAACAACGAGUCUAUAGAGGUCCCAUAUCCGCCCUCUUCUUGAUUGGGAGACAGGAAGGCUUAAAGGGCUUACAGAAAGGUCUUAUUCCAGCUUACGGAUAUCAGGUUAUGAUGAACGGGACACGGCUCGGUCUAUACGAACCAUUACGAGAUACAUUACAAUCUGGAUGGGAUUAUAUGACGAGUAGAGAGAGUGGUUUGCCGCCUCUAGUACCUAUUAUGGUUCUUUCAGGAGCAAUGAGUGGAUUUGCUGGGGCCUUUCUCGGAUCACCAUUGUUCUUGAUUAAGACCCGUAUGCAAUCGUAUUCGCCUGCUAUGCCAUCUGUGGGACAGCAACAUGCUUAUGCUAGUCAAGGCAUGGUUAAAGGAUUGACUGCAGUGUAUAGAGCUGAGGGUUUACGUGGCCUGUGGAGAGGAAGUGGCAUGGCAAUGAUGAGAACAGGCGCAGGAUCGUCUGUCCAAUUAUCUUCAUACGAUCUAAACAAGCAAUUUUUAUUAUCAACUGGAUACUUUACUGAAGGACCUCGACUUGGCUUGUCAGCAUCACUCUUGACCUCCUUGGCGGUAGUUUUCGUGAUGAAUCCAUUUGAUGUGGCCUCUACUCGCAUGUACAAUCAAAAGGCCAACGCGGAAGGCCAAUUUAUGUACAAGUCAGGGGUCGAUUGUCUCGUCAAGACAGUCAAGGGGGAAGGUCUAUUUUCGCUUUACAAGGGAGCUUCUGCUCAUUAUUUAAGAAUUGGACCUCACACAAUCCUCACACUCACUUUGUUCGACGUCCUGAAGCGAUUCUUCAUGUAA